AUGCCUCGGGCUUUCUUAGUGAAAAAAUCCUGUGUGUCUGUGGGCAAGAGGAACUGGAGUGAACUGCCUGAUGAAGAGAGAGGAGAGAUCUAUGUACCAGUGUCCGUGGGAUUCUGCCCCCCAUCCCCAUCCCCAUCCCCGGAGCCCUCGGUGGCUGAAGCCCCGUCGUAUCCAAUGCCCCUGGACCUGACCCUGCGAGAUCCAAGCUACACGGCUGCCCAGCUUCCUGGCGAGGUGCCCCCAGCUGGGCAGCACAAUGGGUUCCUGCGGCCCAAAAUGAAGGUGACGUUGGGCGAGGGGCCAGGCGAGCUGUUCUCCUGCCCUGUGUGCCAGAAGGGCUUCAGCUACCAGCGCAUGCUCAACCGGCACCUCAAGUGCCACAGCGAGGUCAAGCGGCACCUGUGCCCCUACUGCGGGAAGGGCUUCAAUGACACCUUCGACCUCAAACGCCACGUCCGCACUCACACAGGCGUGCGCCCGUACAAGUGCCACCUGUGCGACAAGGCCUUCACGCAGCGCUGCUCGCUGGAGUCGCACCUGAAGAAGAUCCAUGGGGUGCAGCAGCGCUAUGCCUACAAGGAGCGGCGGGCCAAGCUCUACGUGUGCGAGGAGUGCGGCUGCACGGCCGACAGCCAGGAGGGCCACUUGCUCCACCUGCGAGAGCAGCACCCCGACAGCCCCCUGCUGCGCAAGGCCUCACGCAAGACGGCUAGCUCCCUGCAGAGUGCCCUCCCCACGCUGCUGCAGAGCAGCCCGCACCUGUGA